AUGGUCAAUGCUUUUUUCUGUCUUCCCUUCACCUACACCUUCCACAUCCGUGGUAAUGCAACUCUUGUUAUUCCCGUCCCACACAUCGAUAUCGCCUGCACACCCACAUGCAGUGCCCCACCACCCACACACACGGGCAUGUUGUUGUUGCCUGCUAACCCCCCCCAACACACCCCCCUCUUCCGCUCCCACUUCCCCAUCCACCCACAUCCACAUAGGCAGGUGGAGGCCCAUCUGGCAGCGGCACGUCUCUCCACCGCCACCACCCCUUGGUGGCUCACGCUCCUCACCGCACUGCACUCCUCUGCACCGCCCGGCAUGGCGGAGAGCGUCACGGCACGCUUGCACCGUGCACUACUGGAUGACGACCACCGCCCGGCCCACACCCACAACAUGGCCAGCCUUGGGCUCAGGUUCCGCACGCUGCACGGGGUGCGGCUGGUGCUGGCAGGAGAGGUGGACUCGCUGCUGGCGGGCAGGCACAAGGUGCUGCAGCGCGUGCUGCAGGCGGGGGGCCAGGUGGCGGCGCAGGGCGUGCAGGGCAGCCUCGUCGCACAGGCAGGCUCGUGUGCUCGCUGCUGUGCCGGGCAGGAGGGGGAGGAGGGGGCGGACGCCAGGGGGGCUGGGGGGUUGCUGGCUGGGGUGGGUGGUGAGAGGGGGAUGGAAGUGGGUCGGGGGGAUGAGUGCUGCAUGCACUGCAAGACACAGGAGCUCUUCGAGAGCUAUCAGCGGCGCCUCUUCCACCUGCGCCUCUCCUCCGCCCCCUCCUCCCUCCCCGCCUCGUCCCCCUCUGACCACCCUCACUCUCCCCAUCCCUCCGCCUCGCCCCACGACCUCCUGCACGUGCUCCAAUCCACUCUCGGCGUGCGCGGCACCCCACUCAUCGCAGCGGCAUCAGCAGGGGGAGUAGCACCAGUAGGGGGGCAGGGUGGGAGGGGGAGGGGCAGCAGGGGUGAGGCAGGGGGCGGGGCGAGUGGGGCAGAGGGGAAGGGGGGGACGGUGGUGUGGAACCCCUCUGACACCGAGAGGUGCCUCGCUGUGCUGGCGUCUGUGCUGCAGUCAUUGCCACGUGGCAUCAUCCCAGAGGACGAGCAAGCCAGCCUGGCAGCUGCGGCGUCCAGCUCUUUGGAGGCUCUGGAGUCCUGUGCCUUGUGCAGCCGCCUUCCCUCCGCUGCUGCUCCCUCCCUGCACACCAGGCGAUGCGUAAGGAGUUCCUGGUGGUCCGAGCAUGGUCGGAGGCGACUUUUGAGUCGACUCAAAUGUCAUCUUUCCUCUGCUGCUGCUCCCCUCUCCACACACCAGGCCAUGCGGAGGGAGUUCCUGGUGGCGCGAGCGUGGUCGGAGGCGCAGAGGGGAGUGCUGCGAGCGCUGGACGAGCUGCACAUGGCCGUCACGCGAAUCACGCUGCGCCACGUGGAGGAGCCACCACCUGCCACGUCAGCAGCAGCGGCACGCAUGGCGCGUGUGAGCGAGGAGGAGGCAGCAGCGCUGAGCGUGGUGCUGACGCAUGACAGGCUGGCAGUCGAUGCUCAGCUGCAGGCCAGCCGCGCCCAGCUGAGGUACCUGCGCGGGCUGGCUUCUGCUCGCCGGCGCGCGGUGCAAGGCGGGGGAGGCGUGGAGACGGAGAUGGGUGGGGCGGAGAGGGAUGGGAGAGGGAGUGGGAAGGGUGAGAGUGGGGAGAGCGUUGAAGGAGAGCAGGAGGAGGGGGAGGAGGAGAGCUGCCCGGUGUGCAGGGAAGCGUUGGGCAGUGAGCUGUCGGUGCUGCCAUGCGGCCAUCUGCUGUGCUGCAAGUGUGAGUGCUCUCCAUCCGUUUCAUCCCUCAGUGUGUCAUCUCACUGUGCCAUCUUUCAUCGCGUCGUUCACUGUGUCAUCUCUCAUUGCGUCCUGGACGCGGUAACGCGGCGGGUGUUACGGUUACUGCGCAGCGACCCAUCAGCGCGCAUCAUCAUCUUCAGCGCGUGGAGGGAGGUGCUGCUGCUCGUGCAGCACUGCCUGCACGCCAACGCUGUCCCCACCGCCUGUGCCUUCUCCCACCGGGAAGUGCCUCCAGCAUUGAAGCGCUUCAGAGAGGCCACUCCCGCAGCUGCCCUCUCCGCUCGCCCCAUCCGCCCCUCCCAUAAGCCCCGCACCAAGCGCCGCAAACGCUCCCUCACCUCUCCCCUGCCACCUGCCAUCCCACUGGCCGCUGCUGCUACUGCCGCUGCCACAGGCAGGGCAGCGGGGGCAGUGAGCAGUGCGCAAGGGGGGGAGGGCAGCGGGAGGGAAGCAGGAGGGGCCGGGGGCAGGGGAGAUGGGGAACAGUGUCGUGUGCUGCUGCUGGUUGUGGCGGUGGGGGGCAACGGGCUGAACGUGGUGGAGGCACAGCACGUGGUGUUUGUGGAGCCGGGGCUCAAUGCGGCCGCCGAGGCGCAGGCUGCCAACCGCGUGCACCGCAUCGGCCAGACCCGCCAGACCUUUGUGCACCGCUUUAUUUUGAGUGGGUGCACAGUGCAUGGCACUGUGGAGGAGCCCAUUCACGCCCUCGCGCGUUCCAAGGCCGCUGCUGCCCCACUCGCCACCGCCCAUGCUGCCACCAACCCUCGGUCUCACAGGGACCGCGACUCACUUACCCUCGCUGAUAUCACCGCGCUCUUUCCCCAGGCCUGUUCUGCUGGAGAAGGUAGGGGGGCGGAGGAACGGGUGGUGGCGGUGGGAGGUGAAGCAGAGGGGAGUGCGGACAGGGAGGGCCGGAAUACCCACUGCGUGGCGUCUGCUGGUCCUUUCAUCUUUGUCUGGGUAUAG